UUUUCGCAGUUACGAGUUGACCUUCGUCCUGUGUUGAAGGAGGUCCGCUUCACUCAUCAGGAAAAUUCUCAAACCAUAAAUAAAUAUUAUGCUCACUUUCCUACCACUGAUUUGGUGGAAAAUUUACAAGUUAUUAGAAGAGAAAGAAUUGAAAGAAAAUGGUCACUUUUUUCGGAAGGGGGAUUUUAAUCUUCUUCUUCUUCUGAAAACAACGCAAUUCUGCGACGAAACCGUGGAGGAUGAGACCGUAAAAAAGAAUCUGGGCGAUUUGUCGUCAUUUCUUAGUGCUACUACACAAAACCAAAUACGCUCCUCUUGUCUGAAGAUUUUAAUGUAAUAACUUUGCUAAAAAAAAUACUGUCCUGUGGUCACGGUAGUUCCAGUUUUUGUGGUUUUUGGUGCUACUCUGAAUAGUUACGUAUAUACAUACAUACUUGGAUAUUACAGUUUUUAAGUAAUUUAGUCACUUCUUUUUAAGCGUUGCUGUGUUUACAUCGUAUCAAGUAAUGGACUGGACACCUGAUAAGUACGUAGGGUAGAAGUAAUACGUAACAAGAAAAAUACCAAAAAAUCAAAAUCACCCAGUUAUUACAUAAAUCCUGAUCUAUACUUUCUUUAGAGGUGCUAUAUACCUUUUUCACGAGUCAUCACAUAUAAACACUAAAAUAAUAAUGUUUAGCAGCAGCAUGUCACCCUCAUAUAUUUGUGAACUAUAACUGAACUGAGAGCUAAAAUACAUACACUGAAAAAAAAAUAAUUGUGAUCAUGGAGUUGGAACAACAGUUUUACCUGGAUUUCCCUUACAAUGCGGAAUUCGACCAUCUGCCUCCGAGCUCAAGCCGACUGAUGCGGAAUUUGGCCGAAAAGAUGAGAAGGGACAAGCUCAAUAUGUACAUCUCUGAACUAUCGUCUUUAGUGCCAAUUGUGGCAAUGGCCACAAAACGGAUGGACAAAACUUCUGUGCUUCGACUCUCGGCGAACUUUUUGCGAAUUCACCUCAGCUUAAAACAGAGCAAAAAAGAGAAGCCCAAACUAGCACCUGAAGGACUCGAGUCAAACUUGUCCACCACCCUUUUGGAGGCCAUCGAAGGCUUCAUGCUUAUCGUCACCUCGUUAGGAAAAGUAGUUUAUAUUUCCGACACUGUGGAAAAAUUACUCGGACACUCUCAGCUCGACUUGAUGGGCCAGUCACUGUAUACGAUCUGCCACAAUGGGGAUCACGAGCUUUUACGGCAUCAUUUGCAACCGUCCAGUCCGUUUGAAGCGAAAGAACCUGAACGAGAUGCGAGUGAAUCGGCCGAUUAUGUUCCUCGAUCACCGUCAUUUUUUGGAGGUCGACCUGAAGACACGUUGACAGGUUUGGCCUCCGGAGAGCGGAGAUCCUUUUAUGUCCGACUAGCGGAAAGAUCCAUGGCCAGGGGGGACCCUGCUCGCCAUGUCACCGUUCAUCUAAUCGGUUACCUGAGACCACCAAAUAACAAGAAGGAUGCAGCUAAAAUUGCUAAAGCCAAAAAAGAGUGCUCAUCGACGACGUCCUCCUCUGGAGUGGAUGAGUACCUCCUGGUCUGCGUGGCGCGUCCCUUUCGGAAUAAAGGGAUCACGGAGUUGUCUCUCAUGGAGGCUGUCCAAGACGAAUAUGUUACUCGCCACCUGCCCGACGGUCGUAUAAUCUACUCAGACCACAGGAUAGCAUUCGUGGCUGGAUAUCUCACUGAAGAAGUGAUGGGGCUCUCCGCUUUCAAUUUUAUUCAUCAAGAUGAUCUCCCUUGGGCGACUGUUGCUAAUCGUCAAAUGUUCAGCAGUGUGGAGGGACAAGGAUACAGCGUUUACAGACUUCGAUCCAAAACUGGAGCUCUAAUCUACCUGAGAACGAGAGGAUUUUUAGAAUUUAAUAAAACUACGCAAAAAGUGGAGACGUUUGUCUGCAUUAAUACCCUUUUAACAACUGACGAAGGAGACAAAGAGCUCGAGAAGGAAAGGGAAAGAAUCACGCCAUUCAUUACGUUUCAACAAGUUACAACUACCACAAGUACAAAUAUGAGCUCUUCGGCAAACAGCGGUACUCCUGCACUCUUGUCGUCUCAGCACCUGCAGAGCUCAAGCUCCUCGUCGGCAUCGGCAUCCUCCUCCUCCUCCUUAAAUGCUCUCACCACUUCCACCAACGCCGAGAGCAAUGUUCCCAUCACGACUAAAACGAUAACCACAUUGACGAUGAGACACCGGAAGGAGAAACCUUUAACGGUCGUGAACAAACCGCCACCCUCCUCGACCGUCACAUCUUCCAGUCUUCUGUCCCGAAUCGACUUUGGAAGCGACUUUUCAAUCGAUGAAAUGACCCCCCUCGACGAGGAUGACGACCCCACCGACAUGAAACCCUUGUUACUACCCCCACUGGAAUUAUCCUCCUCUUCCUCCCACCCACCCUCCGACUUGCACCUGAACGGAGACACCCUCAAAGAGUUGGCUUGCUGCCCCUCGCCCGGCGGCUCCUUACUCUCCAGCAGUGACGAUAAAAGCACCCUCCUCCUCCUCCCAGAAACGGCAGGACCAUCGUCCUCCUCCUCCUCUUCAACAACAACUUUGAGCUUAAACGACCUGGAUCUAACUCAAUCCUUUGCAGAUCAACAACACAAUGGACAAUCCAUUAUCCUAACUUCUCAGAUGUCGUCGUCCCUGUCGUCCUCGUCGUCAUCAUCGUCACCUCCUCCCCCCACGUCUACAACGACCAGCAUGACGACCCUUAUGAGCCCGACGGGAAAUCUGGGUCGGUUAAAACGCUCCUUUGCUGAAGUGGAUGAUCUAGUUUCACAACGCACGACGAGUGCCAAACGGCCCAUCGUUCCUGCAGCCUUCAUUUCAACCUACACUCCGAUUCACCAUUCAUCUCACCUGGGAACGAAGUGGGGUUCAGAAACGACCACGACCAUAAUUUUUGACCAGCACAACAAUAACGGCUAAAAAAAGAAAACUAGAAAGAAAGCAAAAGAGACAGAGAGAAAAUGAUAUUUAGAAAAAAAGAAGAGAGAAAAAAGGAAAAAAACUUACGAUUUUACUUGAACUAUUUCCUACUCCUUAUUUACACGGCUUUAUUCAACCCGGUUUUAUAAAUAAUGUUGUUAAAUUUCUUACCGCAGAAGUCUCCGAUUUUUAUCAUCUGAUUCCCGAACUAUUCUUCGUUUUUCUUUCGUUCUUCUAUCAUCAUAUUUACAAAAAAAUAAUGAUAAUACAUUUCAAAAAUCUUAUUAUAUUAUACCAGCAACAAAAAACAACGACACAAUCGCUAAAAUUAUAUAUAUAGCUCUGACUCUAACUAAUUACUAAAAAUACGAUGAAAGAAUUACAUACAAGACACAACAAGAAGAGAAAAAAAAAACAAAAAAAUAUAACAGCUCUAAAUAAUUCUAAAACUAUUCGUUACAAAUUUGGCGAUAUGACAAUCAGUCAAAAAAUCUUUGGAGCUCUUUUAAUUUCCUAAAAUUUAAAAAUUAUUAGCAAAUAGCUAAAACCUAUUAAUAGUCGUGUAGGUCAUCAUCAUUAUCCUCAUUUUUUUCGUCAGGUCAGGAUUUUUAUUCAAAGAAACGAAUCAAAUAUAUAAAAAUAUACCAAAAAAUCAGCCUCAAAAAUCAAAUCAUCAACAUUCAUAAAUUACUAGAGACCGUUAUAAAAUACAACCAACCACCCGAAGACCAUGCAUAUUAUUAAAUACCACCCAACAAAUGACCCAAAUCCUCAAUAUUAGAUCAGCUCAGAUCUCUAAAUAGAAGACGAAGACUUAAUUAUCAUAAUUAAUUAUUUCAACAACACAACAAUUAUCUAUGUACACAAUUAAUAUUUAAACAAAAAACCUCCCCCUCUCCCAUACAACAAUUAAUUAUUAUGUAUAUAAAUACAUACAUAGAUACUAAAAAAAACUAUUAUUACCACCACCACCACACCCAUUAUUCCUACAAAUCGUAGAUAAGAUGUUGGCGACUGGUUGUGAACGAACGAGUAGUUUUUUUGAGCGAGGUUGUUUUUCGGAAAAUAAUAUUUGUGAAUUUUACAUUUUUUUCGCAUGCAAUCAAUCCCACGAUUGUUAAUUGUUUGUUGUUAAAGUAAACAAAAAAUUCAAAUCUAUAGUACUUUUAACGCUGAUAAAAAACAUUGUAUGAGUUUGAUUCUAAAAUUGGAUGAAGGAAGAAGAUGUGCUUAUGGUAUUAAAAAAAUAUUACGUGUAACUAGUAAUAGUUGAACACAUGGAAAAACUUAUUUGUUGUAACAAAAGAAACACUCUUAAAAAUCUAUUAUAAGUUUGAUUGAUGAGAUGGAAGACGAAAAAUGCGAAGAAAAAAUGAGACCACAUACAUAAAUUAUUCGAAAAAGAGGAAUUUUACAAGGGAAAAGUAGGAGAAAGUAAAACAGCAUCCGGCGAGAUUGAGGUAUUAGAAAGUUAAAAACUUCUUCGGAACACACAUUAAUUAUUGAUUAUAAUUAAUUAAUUAAUUAUGAUUAGUAAUUUGUUGUUAACAAUGUACAAAUCUCGCAGUAGCAGACUUUAGGAUAUAUAUAUUAUAUAUAUAUAUUAUAUAUACCUACAACAUAAAUAUAUUAUAUAUAUAUUACAAACAUAUAUAAAAUAUUCUAAAUAGUUUUUAAGCCAUGUUAUUCUAUAGUUUUUAAAGACGUGUAGCAUAUAUUAUUAUGCUCAAAGAGUUUAUCAGGAAAUGUAACACAGUGAUUUUCUUUCUUGGUCGCAUAUUUAUGGUAACUUCAUACAAGACUGAUAUAUAAAUUUAGCUUAAAACUUAUUAUGGAAAUGAAAAAAAUUAGUUAACGGUAACGUAACGAUGUAAAAUUAUUUCAGAGUUUUUUUUUUGUUGUUCGUUUUUUUUCUGUUUUGUGUCAGAUCACAUACAUAAAAUUAUUAUUAUUAUUAUCAUUAUUACCUAUUUACGACCCACAAAUAUUGGGAAGAAUGUUAUUAUUAAGAAAAAGUAAACAAACAAACCAAAACCUUCAAAAUAAUAAUAAUAUUCGACGUGGUACGAAUGGAGAAAAAAAGUAGAUAGAGAAAAUUAAAGAAAAAAUUAAAUAUUUUAAGACUGACGAGAUCGUCGUAUGUAUGACGUGAGGGAGCAGACUAUACAAAAUAUAUCCCUGUUGUUAUCAAUGAUAACUUAUCAUUACAUACAUUAGAGGAGGAGGAAAUUUCAAAAAAAAGAAAACGGUAACCACAGAGUCAGUUCAGUUCAGGGGCGAAAAUAAUACUUUAUUUUGUGUCUACUACCUUCACAUUAUAUGAACGAGCGAGUCAAUUAAAUAUCAAAAACGUCGUCAUCAUCGUCGUCGUCGUCGUUAUCGUCAACCUUACCCAAAUUAUACACGCAUAUAAGUACAUACAUACUAUACACCAAAAAUAUAUACGGAACGGAUGAUCAGAACCAAAAAGAAGGAACAGAACUACAAGUCAGUCAUCAUUAUCAGUCAUUUACUUGUUAUUACACCAAAGAAAAGAAACACAAAAUUAAGUAAAUCAUUCAUUAAAUCUGGGGAGAGAAAGUUCGAAGUGAAAGUCGGAUGGAAACUUGGAGAAAAGAGAAACGUGCAAUUUUUUUGACUGAAAGUCCCUGAAUUAUUUCGUACAUCGGUUUCGGUCGUGUAUGUAAAAAAAUAGUAUUCCAAAAACAAACAACUAGAGAGGAAUAAAAUGGUUUGGAUGGACGAUUUUACACAAGUCCUUGAAAAGAAGUGGAUUUCCGUCAUGUAUUGUAUCGAUCCAUUUAUUGUGAGUGUCGGAUGUAUUGAAUGUGUAUGAAAAACUGGGCGGACACUACUGCUAAAAAAACUCCUGUUGUAUGAAAAAGUGUGGUUUACAAAUAAAACUCGAAAUCAUUAACACAAUUUAUUGUAA